AUGUCUUCCAUAAAAGAGUUUGAUCACCUGAGAAUCCAACUUAAAGACAUCAAAUGGGCAACAAAUAACUUCGGGAUCGAUAAUUAUAUUGGUGGAGGGGGAUUUGGGAAGGUCUACAAAGGAGAGUUAGUAAUUUCCGAGAAGCUCAUCAUGGUUGCUGUAAAGCGCUUAGAUAAAGCACUUGGGCAAGGACCUCCCGAGUUUUGGAAGGAAAUAAUGAUGCUUACCCGUUAUAAACAUGAAAAUCUUGUGUUACUAUUGGGUUUUUGUGAUGAGAAUGGUGAAAAGAUUCUUGUAUAUGAGUAUCUACCUAGAAAAAGUCUUGAUUUUUAUCUAGGUGACACUAAUCUUUCGUGGAACCAACGUCUUCAAAUAUGCAUCGGGGCAGCACGUGGGCUACAAUACCUUCAUGAUCCCGAGGGGACCCAACAAAGAGUGUUACACCGGGAUAUAAAGAGUGCCAACAUUCUACUAGACGAACAAUGGAAAGCCAAGGUUUCAGACUUUGGGCUUUCGAAAUUUGGGCCGGCUAACCAACAAUUUACAUUUCUUGUUUCCAACACCGUUGGCACAUUUGGAUAUUGUGAUCCGUUAUACAUGGAGACCGGAUACUUAACAAAAGAAUCUGAUGUAUACUCCUUGGGUGUUGUCUUAUUCGAAGUUUUAUGUGGCAGGUUUUGCAUAGAAAAUUAUGAUGAUUUCCGUCGAUUUUUGCCAACAUUGGCACAAAAGUGCUACAAAGAAAUGAAACUAGAUACAAUUGUAAGCAAAAGUCUACGUGGGCAAAUAUCACCAAACUGUUUGUACACUUUCUCUACAGUUGCAUACCGAUGUUUGCAGAGAGAUCACAAAGAAAGGCCAUCCGUGUCUGAUAUCGUAAAAGAACUUGAAAUUGCCCUUGAAUAUCAAGUAAGUUCUUUUAUUUUCUUACAUAUGGCCAAGUAUCUGAAAAUAAGCAUUAGGGUCCCUCUAAGACACAGUUUUUGUUAA